GCGAUGGAGUGUCCCGGGCGCCGGCGGGCAUGACGGCGGCAGGAUGGGCGCGAACAAUGGCAAGCAGUACGGCAGUGAGGGCAAAGGCAGCUCAAGCAUCUCAUCCGACGUGAGUUCAAGUACAGAUCACACACCAACCCAAGCCCAGAAGAAUGUGGCUACCAGUGAAGACUCCGACCUGAGUAUGCGCACACUGAGCACGCCCAGCCCAGCCUUGAUAUGUCCCCCGAACCUGCCGGGAUUUCAGAAUGGAAGGGGCUCGUCCACCUCGUCGUCGUCGGUCACCGGCGAGACGGUGGCCAUGGUCCACUCCCCGCCCCCCACGCGCCUCACGCACCCGCUCAUCCGCCUGGCCGCGCGGCCCCAGAAGGCGCAGGCGAGCGUGGAGCGCCUGCCCGACCACUCCAUGGUGCGCAUCUUCUCCUUCCUGCCCACCAACCAGCUGUGCCGCUGCGCGCGCGUGUGCCGCCGCUGGUACAACCUGGCCUGGGACCCGCGGCUCUGGAGGACUAUCCGCCUGGCGGGCGACACGGUCAACGUGGACCGCGCCCUCAAGGUGCUGACCCGCAGGCUGUGCCAGGACACGCCCAACGUCUGUCUCAUGCUGGAAACCGUGACUGUCAGUGGCUGCCGGCGGCUCACGGACAGAGGCCUUUACACCAUCGCCCAGUGCUGCCCGGAGCUGCGGCGCCUGGAGGUCUCGGGCUGUUACAAUAUCUCCAACGAGGCUGUGUUCGACGUGGUGUCCCUCUGCCCCAACCUGGAGCACCUGGACGUGUCAGGAUGCUCCAAAGUGACCUGCAUCAGCCUGACCCGCGAGGCCUCCAUUAAACUGUCGCCCUUGCACGGCAAGCAGAUCUCCAUCCGCUACCUGGACAUGACGGACUGCUUCGUGCUGGAGGACGAGGGCCUGCACACCAUCGCGGCGCACUGCACGCAGCUCACGCACCUGUACCUGCGCCGCUGCGUGCGCCUCACGGACGAGGGCCUGCGCUACCUGGUCAUCUACUGCGCGGCCAUCAAGGAGCUGAGCGUCAGCGACUGCCGCUGCGUCAGCGACUUCGGCCUGCGCGAGAUCGCCAAGCUGGAGUCGCGCCUGCGGUACCUGAGCAUCGCGCACUGCGGCCGCGUCACCGACGUGGGCCUCCGCUACGUGGCCAAGUACUGCGGCAAGCUGCGCUACCUCAACGCGAGGGGCUGCGAGGGCAUCACGGACCACGGCGUGGAGUACCUCGCCAAGAGCUGCGCCAAGCUCAAGUCCCUGGACAUCGGCAAGUGCCCCCUGGUCUCCGACACGGGCCUGGAGUGCCUGGCCCUGAACUGCUUCAACCUCAAGCGGCUCAGCCUCAAGUCCUGCGAGAGCAUCACGGGCCAGGGCCUGCAGAUCGUGGCGGCCAACUGCUUCGACCUGCAGCUGCUCAACGUCCAGGACUGCGAGGUGUCGGUGGAGGCGCUGCGCUUCGUGAAGCGCCACUGCAAGCGCUGCGUGAUCGAGCACACCAACCCCGCCUUCUUCUGACGGGCGCCCGCACCCGCGCCCGCGCCCGCGC